AAGCUAAAAAAGUCUAUUGAACGGUUGUAGAAUGCCAGUGUAUAUUUUAAUAAAUUUGAAAUUUAUCGAAAUUAUUGAUUAUUGUUUCGGAUAAUUGUCCUGUACUUAUUAUUGUAUUAUAGUGGUUGCACCUAGCGCCAUGCAGUUUCUGUGGAAUCAAGUCAGCCAUAUUGGUUUGUUGCAGGGCAGCUCAAGAAAUUUGGCUGCGAACAAACUGCUUGGUAGGCUGGAGGCACGCCACCUCUCUCGCAGUGCGCACUCGCUCAAUCGACGGAGCACGCGGCGCUCUCUGCUUGAUAUGCCGUCUGGCUUUUUGAUUGUAUUUCAACCCGCAUAUCGAGAACCCGUUAAUUCAAAGUUCCCGCAGCAACUGUUCCUCACAUGUGACAUGUACGACCUGCUAUCGGUUCUCUAAAUGCACUCAUGAUAUUUUAUCCAAUGAUUUGUAAUUCAAAACCUUCGACCCGCGACUAUAUUCGUCCCCAAAAAUGGUGGCUUCCAAAUUGAUUCCCGAGGAUAUCAGGCAUCCCAGCACCAACCUUUUCCAGCAGGCCUCGACGGGAGAAUACUUUUCAACAUACGAGUCUUUUUUUGAAUCUAUCGUACAAGAGAGGUUUCUUCGCAAUGCCAAGCCAAAGUCAAAGGAUGACACGGCCGGGAUCAAUACCACAGUCACAUGGCACGAGCGAACGCUGCCAAAAAUCGAUGUGGAAGAGUACCGCAGCGGACUGGAUUUCCACGUGGAACUGGCUACUCUGUUCCUGGUCCCGAUCACCCCCAUGCGUUCGCUCUCCAGACUAGUGAAUACGCUGUACGAAUACCUGGAGUGUCGGUUUUUGAAGAACGAAAAGGUUAUGGUUUUUCAUCGAAAUGAGUGGAAAUCGGGAACAGUUAUCGAUGUCCAGCACGAUUUCGUCCUUAAAUCGGGAGCCGUGGUAGAUGGCACCAGGUACUUGCCGCAGUAUUUUAUAUACGAAAUUGGACUACUAGAGCGUACAGUCACAACACCAGAAUCGUUGAAAAGAAUUCGCUGUGUGGAUAUACGACGACCACCAGGAACGCACUCCCGCAGCAUGGUGAAACAGUGUAUUCUGCAAUAUUGUAAAUGCAAAGAACCAACGAAAUCUGAUUCUAUAUGGUCAUUAAAGUACAAAACGAUCGAUUAUUUCGACUUGAAUGCUUUAUCGUGGUGGGACAUGUUCACGGGACCGGAGCCACACUUCAGCGUUCCACCUAAACCCAGAAAGCACUUCCCCCGGCAGGAUAAACAGGAUAAGGCGUUCUGGGAACGUGUUAAAUCCAAAAAAGAAGAGAAAAAGAAGAGUUGUGCUGUGGAAUUGCAUCGGAAGGGCGGCGAACCUGGCCACAGCGGAGAAGGCAAACGAAAGCAUGACGAUGAUGAGAAAAACAUUGGCAAUCAUUAUUCACAUUCCAAGAAGUCCAAAGCAUCGACUUCGAAGCACGAUGGGCUCAUGGCAGGAAGGUCAUCCUCAGCUGACAAGGCAGCGACCCAAGAGCAGCGCAAACUGAAACAGCAAGAAUACAAAAAGCGGUGGAGGGAGAAGAUGAAGAUGGACAAGGAGCGUUUGAGCAAUGUGUGGGCACAAGUGUUCUCCGUGGGUGAAGACUUGGAGUGCAGUGGAUUAAAGCCGAUCCCCGUGACUGCGUUGCGCCUGGAUACCCUGCUCCCCGAUGAAUUCGUGGGUGAUGGACUGUUUGUCCUAGAGUUCUUCAGGAUAUUUGGUCCGGUGUUCGACAAGAGCAAUCAGCUGAUUAAUUCCAGCGUUUGGGAUCUGGAUAGACUACACGUGGCUUUAUCGUCCACCUUGGUCGACGGAGAUUUUGCAACCUUGUUGACCUUUUGUGCCAAGGCGUUGAUUGUUUGUGCUCCUGCGGUUCCUAACAAUGCCACAGAAGCGCAGAUUCCUGUAUAUUCAAACGGAUGGCAAAAUAGCGGAAUGAAAAUUCUACGUCUUACGGAUAGUCGUAUAGGUACCCACUUUUAUAAUCUCCCGGUAACAGCUAGCACCGUAUCGGAAAUUAUUCGAAUGUGUUUGCUGGUGGCAACCAUCCCCGUUACCGUGUCUCAUGGUGAUCUGAAAUACGACGGCGUUAUCCUGCGACAUCUGAAGACGCCUGCGGGUGUGGAAAUGUAUCGGAUAAUUUUAUCGAAAUCUGUUUUUGCGCUGUCUUUCGCACAACGACUGGAACUUUUGGUUCUGAUCAUUCAGUCUGUGAUGGAAUCGGGCAAUGUGCGGGAAAAAGUUGAGAAAGCUAGCUCUAGUGUGGAAGAAGCUGAGACUAGUCUGAAAGGGAUGAAAAAAAUGGCAGAUGAUGUCAGCAGGAUCACAAAGGCCAAAAUUGCGGCGGCAGCGAAAGAACGUAAUCCUGAUACAGCUGCGGAAAAAAAUGAUCGAUUCCGUCAGAUCCUGGAAUUCUAUACACGAAAAAGAUCGGCACGCUCGGAGAAAGAGCGGACCCGAGAAGAAAUUCUGGAAGACCUAAAAGUUUUGGACGAGGGCAGACGUAAAAGAAAACUGGCUACUGAAAGCGAUUUCAUCGCUCUGUCGGAGGCAUUUAUGGACUUGAAAGCAAAGUUCGAUGCCAAAGUUCAGGAUGAGAAGAACAAUGUUCAUAAGAAAGUCUUCGAGGCCGGUCAGAAUUUCCGCAUCGAACCAGUGGGAAUGGACAGGCAUUUUUUCAAAUACUGGCUUUUACCCACCAUGCAAGGGCUGUUGUUAGAAUGCAGCCCAGACAAAAACAUUAGCAUAUGUAGCGCUGACUGCAUUUGUGAAACCAUUCUGAAAGCCGGUGCAACUGGCACUGCAACUUCGUGGUGGAUAAUACGGGACGACAAAGACAUUGCGUCCUUGCCUAAGCAUUUGCUGAUUAACGGAGAAAGGGAAGUCGCUUUAAAGAGAGCGCUCGACACAAAAAUUCCUAUUUGGCUUCAUGGUCCGAAGGUAGCAACGCUGCCUGCACACCAUGAGCAAUGUGAACGCGUAACGCCUGUGAUUGUGCCAAGUGAUUCCUGGGAUAACCAACUACACAGAAAGAUUCAGGUGGUCCUGAAAGAACUCAACACGAAUCUCCUGAAUAAUCGCUUUGGUGGAAUUUCUGAUCCAGCUGCUCACACCGAAUGGGCAAACAAAUUGAUUCAGCCUGUUGUCCACCCUGCAAAAGAUUUUCAUUAUGAAAGCAAGCAAGUCCCUAGUCCUGAAAUUCGGGAGCCGCCGUCGGAUGAGCAGCGAACUAACAGCGAAAAUUCUGGUGAGAAAAGUCAGCCAAUUCCGGGCAGCGCUGCUGGAUCAAAUCUUUUGGUGAAGGAAAGCUUAGUAUCAUCUCCGAACGUUAUGGAUACGGUAAAACCUGAAGAAGAUCACCUGGAUAGCGAUUCUGAGUCUGAAGCGGAGGAUGACAAAGAAAGCAAGAGCGAACAAAGCCAUCAGACACAGAGUAGUGGCAAUAAUGGCGCCAGGGAAUCCGACGUGCCUGUUGUAUCACCGGAUUCGAACAGUGUGGGACACAUCGGAGAGUGCGUCUUGGAGCUGAUCGAGACGAUUGGGAUUCGAUUUCUGGGAGCGCCUUUGGUUACAAUCAGUGAAGAUUAUGUCAAAGAUUCGAGCCAACUGGACCGCUGGAAGGCUUCUCUGCGCACCUGUACGACACUGUCGCAGAUUUCGCUCCAUCUGCAUAUUGCCGAACAUAGUGUGGUUUGGCAAAAGUCAACGGUGAAUGGUUCAUGCAAAGCCUGUCGGAAACGCGGAGACAGCACCAACUUGGUCUAUUGCGAUAGGUGUGGCAAAAUCUACCACCUCAACUGCGUUAUUCCCCCUUUGCAGUUUGUACCUGAUGAUGAAUGGGCUUGUCCUUUGUGCCUCCCUCCCACUGCUGUAGCCAGAACUAAUCGCCGAGCCCGUAAUGCUCAUGUGAACUAUAAUGAAGACACUGUUACCAACGGUUUCCGAGAAACCACUGACACCAGUGCUGUUAAAACCGAAUCGCAUACCACCGUGAAACCGGCAAAGCAUACCACAAGAGCAGAACGUGCGUCACAUCGGAACAAAACUGCCGUGGAGAAGGUGGAUUAUCCAGUUGCAGAAAAAACGGACCCUGCUGCCUUCGUUGACGAUAUGCUGUUAGAUGACGGUCUGCGACGCUCGGGUCGAACCCGAAGAGUGAAUUACCGGGAACUGGCUGAUGGUUGUAAGAAAGAGGAAACAGUGGAGGAGGAAAACGAUAGUGAACCAGAGCAAGAGGAUGAGCCCUAUUCGGCUGAAAACCAUCGAUCGCAUUCGUCAUCGGAAGAAAGUGAAUUCGACCCUGAGACAAAACCGAGGUGGGGAAAGAAGCACAAGCGCCCCAAGCAGUAAAAAUAUCUCAUUUUCGUUAAAGCUUGGAAUAGCUUUGGUUUUUCUUAAGGGGUUCCCGUCCUGUUUUAUGAUAUGUUCGAUCUUGCUUUUUGGACAUGAUGCACUUGUAGACGAGGUUUUCAUGAAUGUGUUUUGAUUUUGAAUGUCGGAUGUUGAUUUUAUCUUGUUGUGAGGCUUUCAUCGCUUAGCUUGCACUUUUCCGAGGAUUCUGGUCGUGUGCAUUUUCCUUUCCGUAAGCUUUCUGUAUUUCUGUUAUAAAGUUAUAUGGACUUAGUGAAAUUUGUGGUAUUUGAGUUGUUCGAAAGUUUACGUAGAAUAUGCGUUGCAGAAAGUAAUAAAGUGACUAAACGUA